GAGGCUCUUCCGCGCCGGCAGGGGCAGUAGCGGGAGCGGGAAGGAGCGGCGGGGAGCCGAGGAGCGCUGUCGCCGUCGCUGUCGCCGCCGUUUGGAGGAGGCUGCGAGGGACGGAGAGAGGAAGGGAGGCAGCUCCGGGGCCUGCGAGGCGAGGCCGGGGGCCCAGGGUCGCCACCCCCGCAGCCAUGCCGCUGCUCUUCCUGGAGCGCUUCCCCUGGCCCAGCCUCCGCACCUACACGGGCCUCAGCGGCCUGGCGUUGCUGGGCACCAUCGUGAGCGCCUAUCGCGCCCUCAGCCAGCCGGAGCCGGGCCCCAGCGCCGGCCCGGGAGAUCCCGAGGCGCUCACGUCGUCUCAGCAGCCGCCGCCGCCCCAGCCACAGCAGCCCAGCACCCCGCCGGGCCCCGGGGGCCCCCGGGCCCGAGAUGUGGCCCAGUACCUGUUGUCCGACAGCCUGUUCGUGUGGGUCUUGGUAAAUACUGCUUGCUGUUUCUUGAUGUUGGUGGCCAAGCUAAUCCAGUGUGUCGUAUUUGGUCCUCUUCGAGUUAGUGAGAGGCAGCACCUAAAAGACAAGUUUUGGAACUUUAUCUUCUACAAGUUCAUUUUCAUUUUUGGUGUGCUGAAUGUCCAGACAGUGGAAGAGGUGGUGAUGUGGUGUCUCUGGUUUGCUGGGCUGGUGUUUUUGCAUCUGAUGGUGCAGCUAUGCAAAGACAGGUUUGAAUAUCUUUCGUUUUCUCCCACUACACCAAUGAGCAGCCAUGUCCGAGUGCUGACUCUUCUGAUUGCUAUGCUACUCUCCUGUUGUGGAUUAGCUGUUGUCUGCUGUGUGACGGGCUACACCCAUGGAAUGCACACACUGGCUUUUAUGGCUGCAGAGUCUCUCCUUGUGACAGUAAGGACUGCUCAUGUGAUUUUACGUUAUGUAAUUCACCUCUGGGAUCUCAAUCAUGAAGGGACAUGGGAAGGAAAGGGCACUUACGUGUAUUAUACAGAUUUUGUUAUGGAGCUCACUUUGUUGUCCCUGGACCUUAUGCACCAUAUUCACAUGUUGCUGUUUGGCAACAUCUGGUUGUCCAUGGCCAGCUUGGUGAUCUUUAUGCAGCUACGUUAUCUGUUCCAUGAAGUACAACGCCGAAUCCGUCGCCACAAGAAUUACUUGCGUGUAGUUGGAAAUAUGGAGGCCAGGUUUGCAGUUGCAACUCCUGAAGAACUAGCUGUCAAUAAUGAUGACUGUGCCAUCUGUUGGGACUCCAUGCAGUCCGCAAGGAAACUGCCCUGUGGACAUCUCUUUCACAACUCCUGCCUCCGCUCCUGGCUUGAACAGGAUACUUCCUGUCCUACCUGCAGAAUGUCUCUGAAUAUUGCUGACAAUAAUCGAAUCAGAGAAGACCAGCAAGGAGAGAACUUAGAUGAGAAUUUGGUGCCUGUGGCAGCAGCUGAAGGCCGACCUCGCCUAAACCAGCAUAACCACUUCUUCCACUUUGAUGGUUCCCGAAUUGCUAGCUGGCUGCCCAGUUUUUCAGUGGAAGUGAUGCAUACCAACAACAUCCUUGGCAUUACUCAAGCAAGCAAUUCUCAACUUAAUGCAAUGGCUCAUCAAAUUCAAGAAAUGUUUCCCCAGGUACCAUACCAUCUGGUUCUACAGGAUUUACAAUUGACACGUUCAGUUGAAAUAACAACAGACAACAUUUUAGAGGGACGAAUUCAAGUACCUUUCCCUGCACAGCGGCCAGACAGCCUUAGACCUGCAUUGAACAAUUCUGUAGAGAGGUCAAAUGACCAAGAAGAGAAUGAAAUCUCUACUCAGGCUGAGCAUGGGCCCCUUGACCUCAGUCCCAGGUUGGAAGAGAUAGCAGACUUCACUGAAGUAGAAGCUGAGCCCAAUGAGGUAGAGGACUUUGAAGCCCGAGGAAGCCGCUUCUCCAAGUCAGCUGAUGAGCGACAGCGAAUGUUAGUACAGCGAAAGGAUGACCUGCUGCAGCAAGCUAGGAAACGUUACUUAAACAAAACUUCUGAUGAUGACCCAGCCUCAGAGAGCCGUCUACUCUCGGAGAGCCCAUCCUCUGAUCCUGUGACCCAACGCCGUAGGAUGUUGGCUGCUGCUGCUGAACGAAGACUUCAGAUGCAGCAGAACUCCUAGCGUUCUCUUUUGCCCUUCUCUGCCACCUCCUCGUGAGCAGUGUGCUGAGCUGCUGUACUUCAUCCCUGCAGGAAGAGGCCUUUUCCCGUUCUGCCAGCUGUGUGGAGGAGUGGGCUUGACUGCAUUGCCGCUGUAUAAAGCAUGUGGUCUUACUAGUGUUUGGACAGCUGACAAAUUUAAUCUUUUUUUGUAAUAUUUUCUAUGUGACACUUAUCCAGUUUCCUUGCCUACUCUGGGGGAAAAAAGCCAAUUUUAAUUUUAGGCAUUAUCUCUGCUGGCACUGACUAAACUGCCAGGUUGGGUUGGAGUAGCAAAGGGUAGUCUGGAAAGGCAGCCAGAGGCCCGGUGGCAGGCAGGCAACUUAAAUUACCUGCUUUAUAUACAUAGGUCAAUGAAGGUACUAGUAUCUUAGUUCAAAAUCUGGCAAGGGACAUAUACAGAAAAAUUCAUAGAAUGCUUACUAGAUCAGCUAGCAAGCCUCUACUUACCAUGGAGGCAUUCAUUAUGUUAUAAAGGCCACCCCCAUAGCAGUUUUCCCUCUUAGGAAAGAAGGGACAUGUGAGGAAUUAUGGGAAAUGAGUUCUUGGCAUGGCAGCAGAAACAAGAGGUCAUUUGGCUACCUGAUUGAAAGCUGAAAAUAACCCACUUUGUGCAGGGAAGUAAACCCCUAUUUGGCACAGCCCAUCAGUGGUUUAACCUUUAUACACCUCCUUGCCCUAAGCCGGUUUUAUUUCCGUUAACUCUGGUGCUGCAUCCCUUAUAUAUACACAUCCGUGUGUCCUUUCAUUUUCCUUCUGCGCAUUUCAUUGCCACCUUUAGAUGUUGGAAAAGUCAGCACCAAAAGGGUUAAACAGUGAGUACUAGUUUGGAUUUUUGAUUCAGUGUUACAGUAUGUUUGGUAAGUGGAAAGUCUGUGGGUUUGGUCUUUGGAGUGGCAAAAGACAUAGGUCUAGUAAAUGAGGUGGGCACUAUCAAAAGGCUUUGUUGAAGAAAUAAAGAAAACUUGGGUGUCUUGAGCCCUUCAUUUUGGUAACUACUCCAGUUAGCUUAAUUAUUACUUAGAAAGGUAAGAAGUUGAGUCCACCUGCCUUCAUAGUAGGUCCUGUUCCCUAACCUUUUCAAGUCCUUCACAUAUUUAAUGUUAAAGAACUGAAACACAAUCAUAGGUUACACAGUUCAGUUUGUCCCAUUGGAGUAAUUUUAAAAAAUUAAACAUAAUCUUAUCACAAUCCUUUUGGGAAGAAUUCAGUAUUAUCUAGAAUUAUUGGCAAAGUUAAAUGUUUUGGGUUUUUUUUCAUGGCAAGUUUUUAGGCUUUUUAAAGGUACUUGGGGAAAGGGUUGAAUAGUAAAUAUGUAGGCAGAGAUAAUUUAUUUCAAUAAAUUUUUCAAAAGCCUUACAUUGCAGUGCUAUUUAGUAAACUUUUGGAAACUUCAACGAUUGUUUUUUGUUUUGCUGAGAGCACAGUUAUUUGUUUCUGUUUUUAUUGUUAAAAUAAUAAAAAGCAAAUUCUUCUGGGUGUGUCAUGGUUGGAAUCUAAGCCCUUUCUCAGAGGUGCCAACUUUGAAUUCCACUUUAGUUUCCAUGUGUCAUUCUCAUUAAAGUGUUUUUCCUUAAAGCCA